AUGAAAUAAGCCUUAUAAAAAUUAAAGGAAAAUAAAUUACUAGAGGCAUUACCUUAUUUAGAAAAGUAUAAGCCAUUUGAAGAAAGUGCUUAAAUACUUAUAAGAUACUCACUUACUUAAGAAUUGAAAAACAAAGAAUUUAUUUAUAGAUGGAUUCUUCGGAAUACAAAUUCACCAAAUAUCUAAUUAGAUGUAUUGAAUUUAUUAGGUAAUUUCCCUUUAAUAAAAAGGUUGUAUUUUAACAAAUAAAGAUGAAUAAAUAGCAAUAUUAAAUGAAGGUCUAAAAUUGACUGUUGCAAAUAAAUUAAAUCCUUCAAAAACUCUUAAUAAUUUAACUUACAUUUAUUCUAAACUUAAAUAGCAUGAUAAAGCAUUACAAUUAGCAUUGCAAUCAAUUGAAUGUUCAAUUGGUAAAUAAUUAGUAAUUGCAUAUCAUAAUGCAGCCAUAGAAUAUAAAUCUUUAUUAAAUUAUGAAUAAAGUAAAAUAUUUCAUGAAAAAGCAUACGAAUAAAGUAUUAAACUUUUAGGUCUAUAAGAUCCUCUUACAUUAAAAUUAAGUUAAUAUAUUGAAAAAAUACCUUAAAAAAUUAUACCAGUUUAAAAUAAAUUUAGAUUAAGAAGUACUUCAAGAUAAGGUGAAGAAUCUUAAUCUUUUUAUUAUAGAAGAAGAUCUAUAUCAAGAGUUGAUUCUUUUUAAUAAUCAAUCAAUUAAUCUAUUAAUCAAUCAGAUCAUGUCUACUCUAGAUCAUAAAGUCAAAUUAAAGUUAGAAAAAAUUAAACUUUAAAUUAAUCUUGUUUAAUUUAAAUCAACGAUUUUAAGGAAUAAGAAGAACAUUGUAGAAUAUCUAAAUAGUUGCAAAAAGAAAUUGAAGAAUAAAGAUAAAUUAGAUUAAUAUUUUUAUAAUCUGUUCAUUAAUAGAAUAUUCAUCUUUUAGAAAGAAAAUCAAUCAAAAGAAAUAGUAAUCAUAUUAAUUUCUCUUAAGAAUCAAUAUAAAAUGUUGAAUAUUAGGAAUAGAAAUCCUAAGAAUUUAUUCAUUUUGAAAAUUAACAACCUGAUGGAUAAUUUGAUUCUAUGAUUCCAUUAAAUUAAUAAGAAGAUCUUACUUAAGAUGAUCAAGAAUUAAUUAUUAAUUAGAUAAGAGGAUUUGAAUCAUAAAAAGAAAUUACUGUUGCUUCAUUUAUAAAUUAAGAAACUUUUGAAAAUACAUUUGAAUAAAAAAACAAUUAAGAAAAUCCUAUUAUCAAGAUAAAAAAAUGGUAAUCUAAAUAAUCAAAAAAUCAAUCUUCUAAUAAUCAAUUAAUUAAUGAUUUGAUCAAAAGACAAGCAGCUAUAAAAAUAUAAAGAUUUUAUAGAAGAAUAACUUAAUAAAUACUUUUUUCUUUAAUGAGAAAAAAACAAUAUUAUAUAAAAUUCUAAGAAAUAGCAAAAUUAUAAAUUGAAAAUUAAUUUAAAUAUUGUUUAAUUAUUGCUAAAAAAUUUGAGAAUGAAAUAUUAUAUGUUAUUAAUGAAAUAAUGAAUAAACGAUAUAGAAAUAGAGCAAAAAUAUAUCGUUAAACUUUUGAAUUAAGAUUUAUGAUUUCUAAAUAUAAUGUUUUUGAUGAAUUUUGUUAAACAAUUAUUAUGUCAACUAAAAUGAAUCAAAUUGCUUAUAAAUAAACCAAAUCAAUUAAUUAUAAGGAAAUAUGCAGCUUAUUUUAUGUAUUAAAUAAUUAACUCAACUUAUAUGGAGUUACAGAUACUUUAUCAGAUGAAUAAUAAGAAUUAGAAACUGAUGAUUAAAUAUCAGUUUAAUCUUCUAGAAAACAUCCAAUUUAAUUAACAAAAUUAAUGAAAUUAUAAUCAUUGUUAAGGGGUUAUUUGGCAAGACAAAAAUAAGAGUUAAUUAAAAAUAAAAUUUAUAAACAUAUGAGAUUUAUAGAAAAGAUAUAAGGAGGGUAUUUUUUAUUAAUCUUUAAAGAAGUAAAUGUUAUAUAAUUUUAUAAUCUUUCAAUUAAACAUUUAUGUGAAAAUGAGAUCAUAAUUCCUGAUUCAAUCAUCUAAUUUUAUGGUCCAAUCAAUAGAUAAAAUUGUAGAGAAAUAUUUUAUGCCAAUAAAAAUAUUAUUUUUUAUACUGAAGAUGCUCAAUUUAUUAUUGAUAAAGAUAUAAAAUCAAAAGAGAAAAUUAAUUAUGAAAUCGUAGAAAAAGCUGCAAAAAAAAUCUAAAGAGUAUUUAGAUCAAAGAUAUAAUUUUUUAAUUCUUAAAUACUCAAAUAUAAGAAAAUUACUUAAAAAGCAAAAUAAUGUCAAUUACUGUUUAAACUAAGGAAAUCUGUUUUAUUUGAAUAUAAAUAUCAUAUUAUAUUAACUGCAUGUGGAUAAAUAUAUAAAGAACAUCAAGAACUAAUAAUUGAAGGAGGAAUCAUUUCUUAAAAGUAUUCAAAUAUUAAAAUAGCUAAAUGUUGUUAGAGAUUGUUCUAAGAUUUUUCAAUUUCAGAUUUUACAUAAGUAAGCAAAAUAAUAAUAGAUGAAAUUAAUUUUGAAUGGAAAAAUGAAAGGCUACAUUUAAAAUGUCCUAGUUUAGAAGAAGUUUAUGGAUUUUUGAUUGAUAGGUAAUGAAUAUAUAUUAAUUUUUAUUUAGAAGUUAUUCUUCAUUUAAAAAAAGUUAGAGAGAUACAAUAAAUAGGGAACCAACAUUUUUUGGAAGAAAUUAUUUAAGUAGAAAGAUUUAUUGUUAAUAAUACUUAAAAAAUAGAUUUGAAAUAGAAGAUUCUCCAUAAAUUUAGUCUAAAGUGGAAGAUUCUUCAAUUUACUAAAUUUCACAUAUUAAAAAUCUAUAUAUUUAAAGACUUAUGAAAAAAUAUUAAUAAAUAAAAAUUUAAAGAUAAAUUGGAAACAACAUCAAUCACUACGUUAAUAAAUAUCCAUCUAUUUAUAAAUAUGAAUGGAUUUAAGAUCCUGAUGAAUUAUACUUAGAGCAGCUAAAUAAUAAGGCAAAGUAAAUAUAAAGAGGUAAUUAUUUAUUUAAUAAAUAGCUUUUAGAUUAUUAAAAUUCAGAGCAACAAUUCAUUAAAAAUGUUAAAUAAGAUUGAGAAAAAAGCAAAAAUAGAUUGAAGCUUAAAAAAUUGUAGCGUAAAAAGCAUAUUAUUUUGAUGAAAUAAGGAUACCUUAACCUUAUACUACAAUUGAAAUUCUAAAGAAAAGAUUUGAAACUUCUAUUUUAUUAAAAUAAGUUGAUAUUGAUUCAGUAAUAUAUGAAUGGAUACUUGUAUUGCCUUAUUAUGAUAUUGUGGUAACUGCUUAUUCAACACCAAGAAAAUUCUAUUAAAUAAAAUAUAGAGAAUAUACAAAUAGUUAUUUAAAUAUUAUUUUAUCUGAAUCAGUAGAAAAGAUAUAGUAAUAUUUCAGCAUUCCUAUAGAAAAAUAUCAUCCAUCUGAAAAAAUAAAUUUUAUUACUGAAUUGAGAGAACAAUUUAGUAAGAAAGUAAUAAGAAUCGUUAGAUUAAAAUUAUUCUUAAAAAAAAUAAAAGAAACUCCAUUGACUAACAAAUUCUUGAUAAGAACUUUUAUAAAUGAGUUUUAUGUUUAAAUAAAUUAUUUUUACAAUAAAUAAGACUAAAAAAUCAUUAUUUUGUUAUAGAAGGAGAAAAGAAAAAGAAAAUAUAAUUUAGAUUUACAUUAUUUAGAUUGCUUAUUUGGAAACUAUCAUGGAAUAAGCUAUUUAGAAAAAGAACUAUUUAUUAAACUAUUAACAUUAAAUGAAUCAAAAAGUUAUCAUAAAUAUAAAUAAUUACUAAUUCCUAUGAUUAAUAUACUUCAUCUUUAUAUAACAAUUAAUGCAGAAUUAGAAUUAUAAUAUUUGUAUAAGGAUUUUGAAAUGCCAUUAACAGAAGAAAUAAAUGAAAAAUUUUAUACUUCAUCUUAAGGAUUUUAUUUGACUUCAAAUGAAUCCUACCCAAAAUUAUUACCAACCAUUAUUGUUUUGUAAGCUAAAUGGAGAUUGUAUUAAUAAUAGAAAAAAUACUAAAUGAUGCUAUUUAGAUGUGCAAGGAUGAAAAUCAAAAUGAUGAAUAAGAAAGGUAAAGAAGUAUAAAAAACAUUUUUGAAAAGAAAAGAUAUCAGUGACCAUAAAGAUAGCGAGAUUAUGUACAUUUGUAAUAUUUAUGAAUCUACAGAUAAUUAAGGAAUGAGAAUAAGAGUAGAAUUGUUAUCUUACAAAAGCAACUAAGAAUAAGAAUUAUUUAAUUGCUUCACUAUUGAUCCAAAUUCAAUAUUAUUAAAUGAAUAAAUAAGUUCGUAUGUAUUAAGGAAUUUGUAUAUUGAAAAUAAUAGUUUAAUUUUGAGAUAGAAUUAGGUUCAUAAAUUUGAAAUUUCCUAAGAGUCAAAAUAAAAGAUACUGAAAUUGAUAACAAAGAAGCCAUCAACUCCAAGACUAAUCUUUCAUUAAAAAAGGCAAUAUUCAUAAGGAAAAUAAUUUAUUUACGAUGCUAUUCAUACUGGAGAAACACCUUAAAAAUAAGAUGUAUAAUAAGAUUAAACCAAUUUGAUAAAAAUUGAUAUAGAUUUGAAGGAAUUUAAAUCUUAAUAUCCAGGAAUUAAUUAUUCAUAAUCUAAUAUCUUAUCUCAAAUAUCAGAAUAAGUAAUAGAUGGCAUUCGAGUUCAUAAAUAAAAGAUACUUACUAAACAUUUAAAAAAAAAAAGUGGAAUUAAUAUAUAGGGUAAUUGUGAAGAUGAAGAAUAAGGUAAAGAAUUGAAAAUCUCUGAAAGCUUGAAAUAAUAAAGUACACUCUUAACAAGAUUUACUUAAUUUUAUAAAAAUCUUAGGUAUAUGGUAGUAAUUUCAUUAAUUAAUGUAUCUUUUGAACAUUAUGAAAAAUUGGAUUCUGUUUUUGAACCUUAUCAUCCAUAAAUAAAAAUUAUAGCUUAAAAUUAAAAGAAUAAUCAAAGAAUAAUUUGGUAGAUGAAUUUAUAAUAAGCUAACAAAUUAACAAAUUAAGUUGAAUUAAAAGAGAUUGCUCAGAUUAUUAAAUUAAAUAUAUUAGUUUUAGAAGAUAAGUUUGUUUAUCUAGCAGAUUUUGAAUUAUUAGAAUUUGAGAAUGUAAUAAUGAUAAAGAGAAAUACAAUGAAUUUGAUUUAAAGAAUGUUAAAAAAUAAAAAAUUUUAUAAAUUAAGAAAAUAAUUUGAAAGAGAGAUUCAAUAAUUAAAACAGAAUGGUAAUUAAUUUUGGAGUAACAUGUAUAUAAUUAAUGUAAAUUAGAAUAUAUUAUGCAAUAAAUCAAUUUUAGUCUGAAGAUUACUUCAUUUGUAUAGGAAUAGAGAAACGUUAAUAUUUGUUGCUAGCAUGGAAUAUUAAGGAUUAUCAACGAUAUACAUUGACUAUGUAUAAAAAGAAAGGAUUUAAUGAAUAUUUGGAUUAGAUUAAGUUUAAAAAUCAAAAUCUAGAAUUGUGA